AAAGUGUUUCUUUCCUUCUUCUCCUGUUAAAGUAGCAUUUCCAUGUAACUCUCAACCUCUAAAUUUUCCUAGUAUCAUAAACUUGAUUUUUGUACUUAUAUAGCAAACCAAGCAUUAUGCAAGUUAUGGUCAUAUCCAUAGAGCAUGCAAAUAACGACAACAACAACAACAACAACCUAUGAAAAAACCAAACACAUUGUUGUCACUGUUGUUCUUGUUUCAAAUUCUGUAUAUACAAACCUCUCCUUAAAAUGAGGUUGAGAUACGGAAGAGACGUCAAGAGGAGACAAACCUGAACAACAACAACAAGAACAAGAAGAAGAUUCUUUUGCAGUUUGUGAAGGAGUAAAGAUGUUUGAAUGCAUAACAUGUAAUAGGAAGCAGACGGCGGAAGAUACGGAUGAGGAGGUUGGUCAGAGUGGCACGCCGACCACGAAGCAAGCCGUCAAAAGCCUGACUGCGCAGAUAAAAGAUAUAGUACUCAAGUUUACUGGUGCUUCCUGCAAACGAUCCGGCUCUUACAGAAAAGGACUGAGAUCUUCUCCAAACUCUGUAGAGAGCACGGAAGGGGUUCGAUAUCCUUAUAUGGGAGGUGUAACCUCAGGUUCUACUCCUCCUUGGGAGUUAGGUGCCGGCUAUAAUAAUGGCAACCUAACUCCUAGAGUGCAAGAGCAGGUUGUAGCAGCAGCUGAAGCAGUGGUGGAGGAAGAGAUUGGAAACAAAAUGUGGGUGGCACAAGUGGAGCCAGGGGUUGAUGUUACCUUUGUGUCUCUUCCGGGUGGUGGAAAUGAUCUCAGAAGAAUUCGAUUCAACCGAGAAAUGUUUGAUAAAUGGCAAGCUCAAGUAUGGUGGGGAGAGAAUUAUGACAGAAUCAGGGAGCUGUAUAAUGUCCAGAGAUUUAAUCGUCAAGCUCUCAACACUCCUCCGCCAUCUGAGGAUGAGCAAAGAGAUUCUUCUGACCCAAGGCAUCAACUAACUACAAGAGAUAGCCCUGUGGCUGCAUGGUUGAACAAUGAUUCAAUGCUAAGGAAUCAGAAUUAUAGUCCUUCAGGUUUUACUAUGAGUCAAGAAAGCAGUAGCAACCAAAUCAUGCAUGCAGCAGGGUCAUCCAUGGAAGCAUCAAGAGCCUCUUCUAGAGAUGAGCUGUUUUUCAGCAAUGCGGUUGGAAUUGAGUCAGAAUGGAUUGAGCAAGUUGAGCCCGGUGUGUUUGUUACUAUCAGGCGGUUGCCUGAUGGAAACAAGGAGCUUCGUCGUGUCAGAUUCAGCCGACAAAGGUUUGGAGAUGAAGAUGCAAGGAAAUGGUGGGAAGAGAACAGAGAAAGAGUUCAAGUUCAAUACAUGUGAAGUCUCUGUGCAAUGAUAAUGAAAAAAAUGGUUAUAUCUUAGUUGAUUAGAAUCUCCAACUUUGUAUUUUAUGAAUUGGUGGGAUAUAGUUUCAUAGCUUAAUAAGUUAUUGGGUUUAAUUUGUUUAUUGGGAGGUUUAAAUUUUUUCCAUGUACUUGCUUAGUUUCACCAUCUUAUCUUGUAUGUAUUUUUUUUUUCUCUAUUGGGAUUCUG